AUGCAUGGAACUAAUUUCGCGCACGCGCACGCAGCGCUCUCCCCCAUACUAAGAGGCGUGGACGAGCGCAAGGACCUGGAGUGGGUGCUCGUGGACCUGCUCGACGCGCUGUCGCGUGACGUCACGUGCAUCGCCGUCGUGUGCGACGCCGUGCACCUCGGCGUGUGGGAGGGAGCGCUGUGGCGCCGCACCGCACCGCUGCCCGUCGUCAUGAUAGUGGUGGAAGAGUACGAGGAUCUGCUGUCGCCGAACUUCGCCACGCUGGAGUCGCUGCGGCGCGCGCGCGCGGACGGCUGCAACGUGUACGUCGCGCUGCUCGCCAACGGGCUGCAAGCUGCGAGGCUGCUGCGGUUCGGGGACAGGCACCGCAUCCUGGACACGCGCGCCAAGUACAUCAUGCUGCACGACUUCCGGCUGUUCCACAGCGAGCUGCACUACCUGUGGAAGCGCGUCGUCAACGUGCUGUUCCUGCGCUACCACAAGAAGGCCCUCGGCGGUGUCGGCGGUGUCGGCGGCGACAAGAGCAAGGCCUGGUUCGACCUCUCCACCGUGCCCUUCCCGAACCCGAUCAAGGCCGUCUUUGUGUCCAGGAGGGUGGAUAUUUGGAGGAAUGGAAGGUUUCACUACAACAGGCCUUUGUUUGCAGACAAGACAAAGAAUUUAAACGCGGAGGUGCUGAACGUGGUGUACCUGGAGCACGCGCCCUCCGUGCUACUCAUGAGGAACAACGACACCAACAAGAUUGGAGGCGUCGAGAUAGAAAUCCUGAACACAUUGGCGGAUAAGAUGAAUUUCAAGCCAAAUCUAUACCAGUCGGUGAACGCAGAGUAUCACAAGUGGGGACAGAAGCAAGCCAAUGGCUCGUUCUCAGGCCUGAUCGGCGAGAUGAUGAGCGGCGCGGACUUGGCGCUGGGCAACCUGCAGUACACGCCCUACCAUCUCGACCUCAUGGACCUCAGCAUCCCAUACACGGCACAAUGCUUCACCUUCCUUACGCCGGAGGCGCUCACCGACAACUCCUGGAAGACGCUCAUCUUGCCCUUCAAACUAUACAUGUGGGUAGCCGUGGUGCUGGUGUUGCUGAUGACGGGCGCCAUUUUCCACGGGCUCGCGCGCUACUACGCGCGCCUGCUGGAGUACCGGAACGAGCACAAGAUAAUCACAGAGAAACAUGAGGAGCAGGCCUCAAAACCAGUGGGCGUAUACCUGUUCGGCGAAGUGAUGAACAGCAUCCUGUACACGUACGGGAUGCUGCUGGUGGUGUCGCUGCCCACGCUGCCGUCCGGCUGGGCCGUGCGGCUGCUGACGGGCUGGUACUGGCUGUACUGCAUCCUGCUGGUGGUGUCGUACCGCGCCAGCAUGACCGCCAUCCUCGCCAACCCCGCCCCGAGGGUCACCAUCGACUCCCUGAAGGAGCUCGUCGACAGUAAGCUCGUCUGCGGCGGGUGGGGCACCGAAACCGAGCGCUUCUUUCAACAAUCUUUAGACGAGAUCGGACAGAAGAUCGGCGAGAGGUUCCAAACGAUAGACGAUCCGGACGAGGCCGCCGCUAGAGUCGCUCGAGGAGUCUACGCGUAUUACGAAAACGAGCAUUACUUGAAGUAUUUAAGCGUUAAAAGGAAGAAGUGGAAUGUGAGCAUGGAAACGCAGAACUCGACGAACACUACUAUUAUGAAACUGGCAUCCGAUAGAGAGUUGCAUAUAAUGACGGACUGUGUGGUCAAUAUACCGAUAUCUAUAGGUUUCCAUAAGAAUUCCCCGUUAAAGCCGCUAGCCGAUGUGUAUAUGCGACGCACGGUGGAAGUAGGCUUGGUUGAGAAGUGGCUGAAUGACGCCAUGUACCCUAUCAGAGCGCUGGACACGUUUGACAAUGAAGUAAAAGCUCUCAUGAACUUAAAAAAGCUGUAUGGAGCUUUCAUAGCCCUCGCUAUUGGAUAUUUUUUGAGCUUCAUAUGUCUGUUUGGGGAACUCGGAUAUUGGAAUUGCGUUGUCAAAAAAGACCCUAAUUUUGACAAGUAUGCUAUGGAUCUCUAUUAUAUGAAGAAAAAAUAAUAUUUUGGUUUUAUAAAGUAAAAAAAGUAAACAAAUUCUUUAUUUGCAUUAAAUGUAUUAUGUAUUUAAACUAUAUAAUUAAUAAGAUCAUGAUUUAAGUUAACAUUUCUUUAAUUCUA